ACUGUAAAAGGAAAUGCUGUUGCAAAGGGAGUGGAAUGGAACUUGUGGCCCCUUGACAACUAUAAAGAGGUCCAAAUUUAACCAUCACACUGUAAAGAAGAGAUCUUUGUUUAUGAUGCAUAAGAAACUUUCUGUGGUUAAGUUUCGGUAUAGAAUUUUAAAAUUCCCAAAACUUCGAGCAAGAGGCAGAGCCUGCAAAUCAAGGAAAAUCAAGCCAAGGCAGGUGGAGAAAGUUACAAGAGACCCUCGAGAGACUCCCCAGUGGGACUUUGAAGGCAGAUUGUGUAAUUGGCUCUCCGACUGGAAAUUUAAAAGUAACUGUCUUUGGAACCAGUACUGCUUAUCAGAUAUGAACAGUAAUACACCUGAAUCUUUAGCUGAGGAAAAUGAAAUAUGUGCACCUGAGAUCUGCCGUACACAGGAUGUGUUACCAUGUACUGAGCUGUGUUCUCAGGAGCCAGAAUCCCGAGGUCAGGAUGGCAGCGAUGACUCUGUCCAGCCAGAACUGCAUGCUAGAGCUUCUCCAGAGGCAGAGACCUUGCACAAGGUGGAGACAGAUGAGGCUCUGGCAGAGGGUCAUUGCUCUGACCUUUUCAUCUCUGUGACAGAAAAAGAAAUUGCUAUUUCAGGUCAAGAUGAUGCAGAAUCUAAUCAGGUUAUGGGUGUAGAUGAAGUGGUACUGUUACAGUCCUCCUUGCAGGAUUCUGAUGUGAAUGAUAAUUUUGCAAAUGGACCUUUAUCCAUGGAGCUGGCACACAGCGAGGACAGCUCUAGCCAAAUGGAAGUAGAGGGCUCUUUAAACCUGGACAUUUUUAGUGCAAAGUUACUAGAUCACCCUUACUGUAAAAGUCCUCUUGAGGAGCCUUCACCAGAAAGCCCAGGACUAAAAUCAGGAACUCGGAAGGGAGGCAAAAAGCCAAGCCAGAAAGCUUCCCAGGUGGCUGAUGAGCAGUUGGCAACGUGGCUUUGUGGAUUCCUAGAUGAAGUUAUGAAGAAAUAUGGCAGUUUAGUUCCACUCUGUGAAAAAGAUGUCAUGGGAAGAUUAAAAGAAGUCUUUAAUGAAGAUUUCUCCCAUAGAAAACCUUUUAUCACCAGGGAAAUCAUGAAGUAUCGGGAAAAACAUCCAAAAUUUGCUACUUGCAAUUUCCGGGUCUUCUAUAAUAAGCACAUGCUAGAUAUGGAUGAUUUAGCUACACUGGAAGGCCAGAACUGGCUGAAUGACCAGAUAAUUAACAUGUAUGGUGAACUCAUAAUGGAUGCAGUCCCUGAAAAGGUUCAUUUCUUUAACAGCUUUUUUCAUAGACAGCUCGUAACCAAAGGAUAUAAUGGGGUAAAACGAUGGACUAAAAAGGUGGACUUUUUCAAAAAGGCUCUCUUGUUGAUUCCUAUUCACCUGGAAGUCCACUGGUCCCUCAUUACUGUGAACAUCCCCAAUCGAAUUAUUUCAUUUUAUGAUUCCCAAGGCAUUCAUUUUAAGUUUUGUGUAGAGAACAUUCGAAAGUAUCUGCUGACUGAAGCAAAAGAGAAGAAUCGCCCUGAGUUUCUUCAGGGCUGGCAGACUGCUGUGACAAAGUGCAUUCCACAACAGAAAAAUGACAGUGACUGUGGGGUUUUUGUGCUCCAGCUUAAAAUGACUGUGCAGCCGAUAUAAAUCAAAGAAAUGCAAAAUUUGGCCUUGAUUCUGCAAGGUAGGUAAUGUCUGUUCCUAAGCUUGUAGAUACUUUGCAGAAUGGAGGCUGGAUCUUCAUGCUAUCUAAUGUACUGUUGCUCCAUUCUUACCUGGCCCUUUUGAGUGUAAAGGUGAUACUUUGAAUGUUUUACUUGCACUGAUUAGCACAACUAAAGAGGCUUGCAAAGUGUUGUUGGCUUGUGUUGAACCUCUUGCAUAAUGAUUAGCUUAUCUUUUUUCCUCUGAGUUCUGAUUGGCAUUAUCUACUGUAGCAUUUGUUGAAGUUAAUGUGAAAACUUAAACCUUGGGAAGUGACAUGGACCUAACUCCUCCAAGCAACAACUGUUUUGUGGGUGUGCUCUUGAAUGAAUCGAAUGAAGCCCAUGUUCCUGUGAAGUAAUAAAAUUGAGUUUCAUCGUAAACCCUAUUUUCUUCCAGCAGUUUGGUUUCAUUUUAAUUUUAAAAGCAACCGAUGUGAUGGUUGAGGGAAUGUUUAUAGCAGCUUGUUUUGGGAUCUGUUAUUAGGAGAAGCCUCUCCAGUUGAUUAGUUCAAUAACUCUGAAAUAUAUGGUGAUGAUGCUUUCUGUUCCAUAGCAUUGCAGUGAUAUAACUUACUGUGGUUUGAGCUGUGACAACAUACAAGACUGGAGAUGUCACAUGUUGCAUGAAUAAGGGUGGAAAUCUGGCAUUAGACGCUGCCUACUAAGGUGGCAUUUAAAAAAAACACAGAUACGUCUACAGAACAGUAGGACUUAAAUUGCUAAAAACUAAACUAAAUUAAUGCCCUUCUUACAAUGCUUGUUAAUUUAGUUAUGUAAUUAUAGAGUUAAAUCUAGUUUUUGCUGAAUUUUACAGAGCCAUACCGCUUGUAAAUUUGAUAAUAGGGGGACUGAAGGCUUAGUGUACGUCUCUUUAAGCUAUUCAUCAUGAGCAACAUCGUUGUCUUUAUUACAUUCGUAAUUUAAAAAUCCUAUCAUGGAGGAGGAAACAUGGAUGCUUGUUAAAUAUAUCUUUUCAGGAAGAAGUGCUAAGAAAUCAAAUCAUUAAAAUACAAAAUCAUAAGAGACACUAGGGCCUUGCCAGGAACAAUAAUUACUCUUUAUAUGUAAUAGGCAUUGGGAGGGAAAGAUGAGUCUGAUUUGCCUGUGCCUGAACUUAAUGGAUUUUAUGAGUAACCAGCUAGAAGGAUCUGGGGAUUGAAUUCAGUUUUCUGAGCAUGUAAUAUUACAACCUAUAGAGCUAAGAAUUGUUGUAAACUGAGAGUGAAAUAUCUUGAGAAAUAAACUAAUUUGUUUUCUCUGAACACAAGUAAAUAGAACAUGUGCAAAGCAGCUUCUGCUCCUGCCUGAAAUCCUGAUGAAUUCGUAAUUUUUGUGUUUGAUUUCAGCUUUGCUGGUAACUCAUCUCCCUUAACACGAUGCUUUCUCUCAAGGUUUCAGUUGCUUCUGAGGAGACUCAGACAUCACCUAGCACUUAGGUUUCCUGAGCCCCCCUUGUGGGGGAAACUCCAGUAAGUGGCUGAGUGAAGGGAUUGAACAUCCAUUGGGCAACUUAUUCCCCCACCCCCACCACGGGUUAGAUGUAUCAGAGUGGGAAGGGCAAGGGAGAAACUGGCCUUUAAAUAAGAAAUAGUCAACUGGAUGAUGUAGGUUGGGUCAUAUUUAUGAUAUAUGGCUUCAUACAGAGAAGGGAGCUAUCUUGUUUAUGGGAACCUUAGGGAAGAGGGGGAGAGAAAUCUGGGGAAGAUUUCUGGACUCCUGCCUGUUGCUCCGCCAUGCACAUGGGGUAGUAUGUCUUGCUUCAAGUCCAUGCAUUUUGGAUCGACUUGAUGCAGGCAGCAGCUGCAGCUAAAGAGGAAACUCCCUCCACAGCAUUCAGCUGAAGAUCAUGUUUACUGUGGUGGUGGCUUGACACUGCCCUCAGCAUAUCUGACAGAUUUGGCCUAAUGAAAAGCACACAGGUGUGCUGCUGCUUCACUGCAAACAGCAGAGCUGCU